CAAGCAAUGGGCGAUCAAAGCGGUUUCUUCUUGUUCUUAAAAAACGCACAACGUUUCCCAUUGAAUCAGUGUAUUCGUUUCUUUGAUUUUGCUCCCUUUCCUUCUUCAUUCUCUCUGUCUCUACACCGUCAAGUAAUUCAUUGUUCCUACAAUGAAGUUCAUCUUCGGGCUUCUCUCAUUUGUCACUAUCGGCUUGAUCAUCGGUUCUGUCUCUCAAUUGACUCUUUUACGACAAUUGGAAGACUCCCAUGGCACAGGCACAAAGUCUCCAAGAUUUAGAAGAUUGCACCAGAGGGAUGGUUUCCUUCAACUGCCCAGAGGUAUUCCAUUUUGGAAAAAUGACAAGGAAGCAGAAAUCUUACGUCUUGGAUAUAUCAAACCUGAAGUUCUUAGCUGGUCUCCUCGAAUCAUUUUACUGCGUAACUUCCUAAGCAUGGAGGAAUGUGAGUAUCUUAAGGCCAUAGGGCACCCUCACCUUCGAAAUUCACAAGUGGUAGAUGGAGAAACAGGAAAGAGUAUCAAGAGCAAUGUCAGGACAAGCUAUGGUAUGUUCCUAAGCUCAGAAGAUAGAAAACACUCAAUGGUGCAGGCAAUUGAAAAGAGAAUUUCAAUCUAUGCUCAAAUACCAACUGAAAACGGAGAGCCUAUUCAAAUUUUGAGAUAUGACAAGAAUCAGUAUUACGCACCCCAUCAUGACUAUUUUGCUGAUACUUACAACUUGAAAAACGGUGGGCAGCGAAUAGCAACAGUGCUUAUGUAUCUUAGUGACAAUGUUGAGGGCGGUGAAACAUAUUUCCCAAAGGGCGGUUCGGGUGAGUGUAACUGUGGUGGGAAAAUUGUUAAAGGGCUCUCUGUGAAACCUACUAAGGGAAAUGCAGUACUUUUCUGGAGUAUGGGAUUGAAUGGACAAGCAGAUCCGAAUGCUCUUCAUGGAGCAUGUGAGGUACUUUCUGGGAAAAAAUGGGCCGCAGUGAAGUGGAUGAGGCAGGGCCCUCACGUUUGACUUAAGUUCAACAUCUCAUACAAAUAUAAUUAAUUAUACAAGACUCCUCUAUUGAUGAAACUUUUCCUUAAUGUUGUGCAUAGAUUAUACAACAGAUUAAUGAUUGUGAUUUAUUCUUGACAAAUACAUAAUGAAGUUAGAUCA